GAUAUUAUCAAAAAACUCCAGGCACAGCCCGCAGGAAUGGAAACCAUGAAUGACAAUGAGCUGAAAGCAACCAUCAAAGAAUUCCUCCAGGAACGCAGGUAUGUGGUUGUGUUAGACGAUAUAUGGAGCAUAGAUGCAUGGGAUGCCAUCAAGUAUGCAUUGCCCGAUGGCAAUCAUGGUAGUCGUGUACUACUCACAACUCGUGUACUUGAUGUGGCUUCUGUUUCCCGCUUUGAAUCCCGAGGUCACUUGUAUGAAAUGAAGGCCUUGUCUGAUGAAGAGUCUUGGACUCUUUUCUGUCAAAAGACAUUUGAAGACAAACGCUGCCCUCAACAUCUUAAAGGACUCUCACGAAAUGUAUUGAGAAAAUGCGAGGGAUUGCCACUUGCAAUUGUUGCAAUUGGUGGCGUAUUGGCUUUGAAGGAAAGCAUAACUGAGUGGGAGAUGAUUCUACGCGAACUUAGUGCUGAAGUUCAAGAUGAGGGUAGAAUUAGCAGAAUGAAAAAAAUAUUGUCUCUUAGUUACAAUGAUUUGCCUUACAAUCUCAAAAUUUGCUUUAUUUACUUGAGCAUUUUUCCCGAGGAUUAUGAAAUUGACAGGAAGAAAGUUAUUCGGUUGUGGACCUCACUACGAUUGGUGCAAGAGAGUCAAAUAAAGACUCCAACAGAAGUUGCCGACAACUAUAUCAAUCAACUUCUCAAUAGAAGCUUAAUUCAAUUGGUAAGUUCAACAAAGGAGGGAAAACCCAAGAUAUUUUGUAUCCAUGAUCUUCUCCGUGACAUUAUACUUUCCAAGUCGAGAGAGCAGCAUAUUGUAAUUGUGGCCAGGGAACAAGAUGUGACUGAUUUGCCUUAUAAAGUUCGACACUUGGCAUUUCACCACUUUAAAGGUCUACAACAACAGCGCAUGCAUUUUCUUCCACUUCACUCUCUACUCAUGUUUGCUGCGGCUAAUCCAGAAUCCGUGUUAAGUAUGUUUCCGCUCAUAUUUGGUUGUUGUAAGUUGCUGAAGGUGCUAGAUUUAAGUUAUGGUUGGUGGGUACUCCCAGAUGAUGUUUCUAAACUACGUCACCUCAAGUAUCUAUGCAUCAGGGAAUCUAGACUGAAAACCAUUCCAAAAUCUAUUGGAGAGCUUCGGAACCUAGAGAUCUUGGAUCUGACAGGGAACCGUUUGUCUUAUUUGCCUGAGGAAAUAGGAAACCUUGGGAAGCUCGAAAUAUUGGAUCUGUCUUAUAAUCAGGAACUUGAAUUGCCGGUCGAAAUAGGAAAGCUUCAAAAACUUAGAAAUCUCUAUGUGGGUUAUACUUUUUGGGGGUCUUUUACAAUCCCACCAGAAAUAGAAAAUCUGCCGUCCCUGCAAAAGUUACGUACAAUCAGUGCGUACAAGAAGAAUGGCAACAUUAUAACUGGAGAGAUAGAGAAGCUUACCCAACUAAAGACUUUACACAUUGUAAAAUUGAGAAGAGAAGACGGAGUGGCCUUAUGCUCAGCCCUACGAAAGUUGACCAAGCUUGGCUCACUAUCUGUUUGGUCAAAUGGUGACAUCAUAGAUCUAUCAUCUUUUCCUUCGAGUCCUUCACUUCUUCGAAAGCUAACUUUACAUGGACUUCUUGAGAGGGCACCGCAUUGGAUGUCUUCUUUAUAUAGUUUGGUCAAAGUAACUUUCGAAAGUACCCACUUACAGGAUGAUCCACUGCAAUGCCUACAAGAUUUGCCAAAUCUUCAAUGUCUUGAAUUGCAUUGGGCAUAUAGUGGAGAGGAAUUGUGCUUCAAGGCUGGAGGGUUUUCCAGGCUCAAAAAAUUAUGGAUUUGGAGUUUAGAAAAGUUGAGAUGGGUGAAAAUAGAGCAAGGCGCCAUGCCGGAUCUUGCAUGGAUGAGCAUUGUCUAUUGUGAGCAAUUAGAAGAGGUGCCAUCGGGAAUCGAACAUCUAACCAAGCUUGGAGUGUUUGAAUUACGUCGUAUAUCUAAGAGCUUGUCGUAUCAAUUUAGAGAAAUAGGACAUCACUCGAAACUUGCACACAUCCCUCACGUGAGUAUCAUAUAA